CUGGGCAAAAUAAUCAGAAUCGAACCGAAAUAUUCGAAACCGAAACCAGACCAAUAACCUCAAAUACCCGAGUGAUUCCUAAUCCGAAAUGAAAACCGAACGGGUAUCCGAAUAUAUAAAAAUAUUAAUAUAUAUAUAACAUAACUAAAUAUAUAUUUUUAAUUUAAAAUUUUAUUAAAAUUAUCUAAUAAUAAUUGAAGAUAACUAAAUUAUUAUAAAGUAUCCGAACUAUCCGAAAGUAUCUGAAACUAUCCGAAUAGUUUUAUCCGAAAUAUCCAAAGUAAUCCAAAAUAUUCAAAAUAUUUAUCUGAAUCAUCUUAAUUAUUUAAAAUUUUACUCUAAAUAACCGAUAUUUUAUCCAAAUUAUCCAAACUAUCUGAACCCGAACCAGAUCCAAAUGAGAACCAGAUUUUUUCCGGGUAUUUUUUGGUUUCUACAUUUACUAUCCGGACCGAACUGAACCGAACCCGAAACUAUCCAUAACGGAUCAAACCGUCAAAUAUUAAAUAGAUCCUCUAGCUCCCUAUCCGAAACUCGAACCGAACCGAACCGAUACCCGAAAUGUCCAGAUCUAUAGAGGGUUAUACAAAAUGGCAUCGUUUCACAUGUACAAUUUGAGGGUGGUCUACACUGUCUGGAGUUAGCAGAAGUGUGGCCCAGUGGCCAGUAAUAUUCAUUAAAGAAAGCGAAAGGCCCGUCUUGACACCGACACCUUUUCUCGUUGACGACCCUCAUAUCGUCUCUACAUUCUAAAAGCACAAACCCUAUCGUUUAUUUCUAUAUAAAACGACGCUCAUUCCUCGGUUCUAUUUAACGAACGACAGGGCGUUCAAACCUCCGUCUUCCUCGAGAAGCUUCACUCAAAACUACAGAGAAUAAAAAGCUCCUAAUCAGUGUUAGGGCUCCAAAACCCCCGCCAUUUUUUCUCCUUCGCCGUAACCCUAAAUGACGUCUACUGCGGCGGACGGGAAGGCUGCGUCCCAAAACGACGCUUGUGCAUCUCCGUCGAUGAACUCCAAGGACUUCAUAGUCUCCGUCGCUGCUAACAUCGCCUCGCAGCCGCUUCAGAACUACGACUCGAACGUCUGGGGCGUCCUCACCGCAAUUUCGAACAACGCUCGCAAACGCCGCCAGGGAAUAAACAUACUUUUGAAUUCUGAUGAGCAUUGCUUCGGGAGGUUGCCGAGUCACGCGAGCUAUCAGGUUGAGUCGAAUGCUAUAAGUGGGAAUCACUGUAAGAUUCAUCGUAAGAUUGUCACAGGCGGUGAUGCGUCUGUCUUCUUGGAAGACACUAGCACAAAUGGUACGUUUCUCAAUUGGGAGAGAGUGAAGAAGAAAGGUCCUGAAGUCAGGGUUCAGCAUGGUGACAUUAUAUCUUUUGCUACUCCUCCUGACCAUGAGAAGGCCUUUGCAUUUGUAUACCGCGAAAUACUUGGAAACAAUCCUGCGGUUUCCUCCAUGAGUAGAAAAAGAAAAGCAGAGGAUAUAGCUUGUGAAAUUAAGAGGCCGAAGGGGAUAGGCAUUGGUGGUCCUGAUGGUCCAAUCUCUUUGGAUGAUUUUAAGAGCCUACAGAGAUCAAACACAGAACUGAGGAAACAGUUAGAAGCACAAGUGCUUACCGUUGACACUCUGCGUAAUGAGUCCCGGGCUAUUGUGGAGCUGCAUGAAAGUGAAAUAAAACAGAUGAAAGAAUCCGUAGCAAAAUCGUUUCAUAAUGAACUGGCUGAGCUGCGUGAGCUAAUUGAUACUAGGCAAAAAGAACUGGCGCAGGUCAACAAAGUAUCAGCUGAACAGAAGCAUUCCAUAGAUGACCUUGGCGAGAGACUAAGCGGUUCUUUGCAAUCUCUCAGUGAAGCAAAUGAAAUAAUUAAAAGUCAAAAGGCAACUAUAGAUGAACUGAAGACAGGGCUGGAUGAAGAGAGAAGUCAAAGAAAAGAGGAACGAGAAACUGCCGCUGCUGAAAUAAAAGCUGCGAUACAUAAAUGCCAAAUUGAGGCUCAGGAAGAAUUGAACAGAUUUUCUGAUGUUGCUAUGAGACACGAGAGGGAACAACAAGAAGUAAUCAACAAAAUGAAGGAGACAGAGAAAGAAAGGUCCACCCAAGUGGAAACUUUGAUGUCAAAAUUGGAAGAUACGAGGCAGAAGCUGGUCUACUCGGACAAUAGAAACCGUCAGCUAGAAGCUCAACUUUCCGAGGAGCAGCUUGCUUCUGCUAAUGCACAAAAAAAAAUGGAAGAACUAGACCUGGAAAUAAAAAGACUGCAAAAGGAUCUGGAGAACGAAAAGCAGGCAGCCCGAGAAGAAGCAUGGGCAAAAGUGUCUGCCUUAGAACUAGAGAUAAGUGCUGCUCUUCGAGAUCUUGACGUUGAAAGACAGAGACACCGUGGUGCUAGAGAAAGAAUCAUGCUCCGUGAAACUCAAUUACGGGCAUUUUAUUCUACGACUGAGGAGAUUUCGGCUCUGUUUGCAAAGCAGCAGGAACAGCUGAAGAACAUGCAGAGAACUCUAGAAGAUGAGGAAAAUUGCGACAAUAUUUCAUUAGAUAUUGAUCUUAAUCCAGUGAACAGAAGCCUCAUCAGAGGUAAUAAUACUCGGGAAGAUGUGAGAGCAACGAACUGUGCUGCCAAGGCAAGCUCCUCCACAUCAGGGCAAAGGUCUGAAAGAAACGAAGUCGUUGAUACGUCCUGCGAAGAUGCGGAUGCUACUCAGAAGCACGACUGUGAAAUCAUGAGUCAGGAAGGCCAAAACACCCAAGAAGCUGAUUAUGCAAGCUCCGAUAAAGUCUCCAAGGGUGGAUUUGGCUCCGACAUAGGCGUUGUUAGUACAGCACCCACUUCGGGAACAGACCCUGUAGGAACAGAGCAAGUUGACGAAACUCAGAGUCCAGGAAAUGAUCAUCUGAGGAAGUCAGUCAUCUCAGCUGGUGACACAAUGCAAAUAGACUUUGAAACUCAGGUUCGUGAAGGUGAUCAGAAUGAUGAAGCUGCUCUCUUGUUAAGGAACAACCCCUUGAACGAUGGAAGAGAUACGCAAGAGACAGAGGGAGUAGUCACUGUAAGAACGUCAGAUCUUUUAGCUUCUGAAGUUGCUGGGAGUUGGGCUUAUAGCACAGCUCCUUCUGUAGAUGGAGAAAACGAAGCCGAAAGAAGUAGAGAGGAUGAAGAGAGUCAGACUCAAAGAAUCAAGGAAGUGGCCACUCAAGUAGGCGAGAGUCAAACUAAAUCGACAGUUCCUGAGGUCCUGGACACUACAAGGAAAGCUGACGCUGAGCAAGUCGCUGUUGAGGAGACAGUGGGGAUCAUUGAACAGGGAAAAAUAAAUCAUGAUAAUGGUUCUUCCGACUCUGAGACAGUGAGUUGUUCUGAUACAGAUGAUGAUGACCAUGGGAAGGAGAAACUUGGUCCUGUCUCAGACUCGGACACAGAGGGUUCUGAUAUGAAUGAUGACAAGAGAGUGGAUCCGGAUAGUGAAGGAACCCAUGAAGCUGAUGGGGAUCAAAAAGACGUGGACAACAUGGACGAAGACGAUAAAGAUACUUAGCAACAAGAUCUUGCUCUCGGUUUCACAUAUUCGUUAACUUUCACUCUCUUUGCCAAAUCCAUCCUUGUUUUCGUACUCGUGGGGCUCAUUUUUCGUUUAAUUUCGUACAUUAGAAGUAAGUUUGUGUAGAUAGGGCAUGGCAAAUGGUAAGGUUGUAACAUGGGACUUGUAAUUUACGUGGGAACGUGAAUCUAAACGAAUUGAUUCAAUUUUUUUUUUGUGAAAUGUCUAUAUCAGGACAAAGUUUCUUUAUAAUGUAAUGCAAUGAUAGCACCGAUGGAACGAAGGGGAAAGGAGAUGGCUAAGCUAGAGAUGGGGCUAACAAUAUAGACAGAUGAAGAAAGAACCAAGUCAGAGGAAUCAUCAAUUGAUAAGCUGAAAGUUAAAAAAAGAGAGGUGUUGAUAGUGAGGAUUGAGGAGAAGAGGAGAAUCUUCUUUUACUAAAAUUUCCAUCAUUAUGAAAGCAGUAACUUACUUAAAAAAGAUGGCUAUAUAUAAACAAUAAUGGUAGAGAUGAUAGUGAUGAUAAUAAUGGAGUAUAACAAAAUGAUAACAAGUUUUGAAGACUUUGUAGUGAAGCGUGGAUGGGGAGGCGGUUUCAUUUCGGUGUUGACUAUCUCCUCCAGUUCCAUUGAUUCUCUCUUAUUACUUAAUUUGUCUUUGCAUUUCGAGUUUCAAAUUGAAAUAUCAAUACAAGAAAUGAGUACAUCUUUUUGUAGUGGUCCUCCUAGUCCUUUUCUGUCUUCUUUUUUUCUCCUUGUAUAUCAUCAAUACAUGUAAUGAGUAGAGUUUUUUUUGUCAAUGUCUAGCUUGAUAUUCUUAUUGAAUAUUAUGAAAUUUAGCUUUUUAGUGUUUCUUUUUUUUCUUAUUUUUAACUAGGUUUUAGAGAAUUUUGAUAUGGCUUAUUUAUAAUUCGUUGGUGAAAAACUGAGAAAUUAUAGUUUGUAAAAUAAGGAGUAUUGAUUGGGCCACUCCAAGGAAGGGGAUUGGGCAUAUGUGCAUGUGGAACUUGGGUUUGAGCAUUAAAAAGAAAAUAGCCCACAAAAAUCAAUAUGCACAAUGAUGAUGGUUGAUGAAUCUAUCGUCGUCGAGUGGGGAACGGGUGUUAAUACGGCAAAUGGGUGUGAUGAUUAUGAGAAGAAGAAGCCAAAUCGGUGGUUUCGUUUUCUAAAUUUAAUGUGUUUUGGCUUUUGCUUCUACUCCUACUCGAGUACUCUCAUGACUUUUUCCCCACUCACUACUACAACUACUACUACACAAGACAAAACAUACAUUUACAUUUGUAUGUGUUAAAUAAAAGUCACUGCACCCGAUUCGGUUGCAUUCAUUUCACACUUUUCUCCUCUUAUUUCGAUGUUUCAGAACCAUUUUUUUAAACUCAAGCUCCCUACCUCACGUGACCCAUCAUGAACCAUGAUUCCCUCUUGUUACCUUUUUGCAUUAUCUUCCCUGUCAACUCAUAUGAGCUUUAGUCUCUUUUGGAACAGAUUUAGUUAGGAUUUUAAUUAUAAAAGAGAAUGAAACAUACUAGAGAAUUGUAUUAAUUAUAAGAGGAUAUAAGGAACUAAAGAAGAUAUACACGAUUGCCUAACACAUGUUGUAAGCAGAAUCUAUGUUAUUAUCGUAGAAUGAAUAUUGUAAUCUACGGGGAAAAAGAAAAGAAAAACAAAUAGUGUAACUGGCGACCACAAUGAGUUGGAGUAAAUUAAAUAAAACUUUAGAACGUAAGUCUUGUUGUGCAUAUUUAACGGUGAUUAACCAUCAUUAGAUAUGACUUUCAAUAGAGUUGAAAAUUCUGGCUGGAUCAACAAUAUCUACCUUGGAGGCUCUUGUACGUAAUCUUUUUCCUUCGUGAAAAAGGCAAAAAAAAUUGAGACAAAGACUUGAUGAUUAAAAAGGUUUGAAGUAAAGAGAAACAAUUGUACUUCUGAGGAAGAUCGAGGUUUUCACGUACUCUUAACCUUUUUGACUUCUUUGCCUCCCCAACUAAUCAUGAUUUGACCCUUUUUCCAGUAAAAAAAAUCUGCCAAAUCGCUUCAUAAAACUCAAGAACUAUUAUUAAAAAUCAAAGAUUAGUCACAUAGAUGAUAUAAUAACCAGUUUAUUGUUUAGUAAAUGUGUAACGGUAUUGAAGUAAAAGUAAGUGUGUAACGGUGAACAUAAUGUUGGAGCAAGAGUCGAGCCUGGUUUCGAAUGUUGCUUUGGUGGUAUUAACUUAUAAUUGUAAUUGUCAUGAGAUUCAUAAAUUCCAUUCUUAUCUGAUAAAUAUUUGCUUGUACUAGUGAUUUAUAUUCACUAAAAAAAAUAAUAUAUAUAUAUAUAUAUACUAUAUAUGGAAACAAUAGUUGUUAAUGUACGAAUAACCAAAUGAUUCACAGAUUUGACUAACUGUCACAUAGACCCAUCAACCAUGUGAUUAAGUUGACAAAACAUGCAAACAAACAAAUCAAUAACAAAAGUUGAAUAGUUUGUUUAGUCGUGUGUACCUAUUAACGGUGAGUUUGAGCUUUUUAGGAAACAUCCUAAAUUCUUCUAAAUAGUACAAUUAACUAAUCAAUCAGUCUAAAAUAAUUAAAAAAUAUAUAUAUAGUAGAGAUGGAGACUAUUUUUGUUUACUUGUUCUUCUUCAUUGCAUCUUCAGAAAAAAUUUCAACUUCAUCUUCUCCCUGUCCCUUUGUAAUCAUGAUUCUUCUUUUGCCAUCAUUACCUUCAAAAGAAGCCUCUCUCUCUCUCUUCUCUCUCCAAAAAAAUGCAAAAAACUUUCAUCUAUAUAACGCCUCUAUAUCCAUCUCUCCAGCUACCCAAACACUUCUCACUUCUUCUUGUCUCUCUCUCUUGAAUCUCCAAAGAUGUGUUUGAGUUCUUCACAACCAUUCUCAGACACACCCACGAAAUUAGUUUUGUACCUCAAAACACAAACCCACGUUCGUAUCCCUCGCCUAUCCAGGAGGAGAAGGAUGUGGAGGAAAGAAAAAGAGAUGGAGAUGAAAAAUAUAAGGCUUUACAUGGAGAACCAAUACAUCAUACAAGAGAAUGAGAAACUCAAGAAGAAAGCUCUUCUUCUUCACCAAGAAAACAAAGCUCUCUUCUCUCAGCUUCAGACCAAAAAAGUGUCACAUGUUCCAUAAACAAAAACCUUACCAUCAUCAACAACAAGCACCAAGAUCAUAUCCUUCUGCUUCUUCUUUAGUGAGUCAAUAAUAAUAAAAAUCUAAGGGCUCUAAACACACACCAGGUCCUAUUAUCUAAGUGGGUCUUAUAAGUUAGAAUCAAGGGUUUAGUGUCAUUGGGGUAUACAUCUAAUUUAUUUGUUUCUUUUUUAAUAGUUUCAUCUCCUUGUUAUCUUUUUAGUCUUUUUAGUAUAUGUUUAUUCAUCUUUUUAAUAUAUGUAAUCUCCGCAUGUGUGUUCUUUUGUUAAUGGUUAAUCUACCUUUUAGCUAUUU